AUGCCUACAAACACCCGGUCAUACCUCCGCGUCGUCGACUUCCACGCCGACCGCAUACCACACGCAUCUCAAGAUGACAAAAUAUUCUUGAUUAGACUCACGUCCAAUGGAGAGGUGAAUGACUUCAUCGAAAGGCAACCAAAGGCUAUAAAACAAGACUACAAUGAGCUCUGCAAAGCCAUCCUAGCAGAAUACUCAGACUACGGCGCCUCCGGGACCCUCACGGCAGCCAUGGCAGUCAAACAAGCUCACAACGAGCUUGCGGAAUGCUACUACCACAGAGAGGAACAAUCCCUCCUCCGCACGCUCCUGCGCAAAGCCAGAGAAAAGAAGACAGACAGCGCCGACGUUUUCGUAGUGUCCGUGUCGGAUGACGCCGAGGACGCUCCCUACCAGAUGGACGACGACCUCAGCGAACAGGAGCCGGAUGACGACUACUCCGACCCAAACGCACAAAAUGAGGACACCCGCUACGACCAGAGGGAUGUCAUGGUAAUACAGGUAAACUCCAUUACAGACCCACAAGGGGAUGACCCCUCGACAACCAACUGCGAACCACCGUUCCACCAAUUCAUUGGCGAUCUACAACAAAAAGGUACCUACGGGAAACUCUACUUGCCCGUGACGCUUGAAGACCAAUGGGAACACGAGGCGCUCGUAGACACAGCUGCCGAUAUCAGCCUGAUUGGCGACGAUCUCUUCGGUAAGUUACAGUCCCUGGCCAGUAAAUCCCACAGAGACCUAAAAACACAGCCGUGCGACUUAGAAAUACGACCCUAUUCCCAGGAAGACACGACCAUACGUAAAUUGGCUCUAAUGCGACUGACCGUGGGCCCCAUUACGCUGGUCCACCCGGUCUACAUCUCCCCAGUCAACGCGCACCCGCUCCUACUGGGCCAGGACCUUCUAAAUCGGUUUAAGCCCCUAAUAGACUUCCAACGUCUGAAGAUCUGGGCACAGGUCCGGGAGCCCUUGCCCAUUCCGCGGGCGAGAACCACUGCUACUUCAUAG